AUGCAACCCCUCGUGCUUCACCCACUGAGCCUCACCACCACCCAGUUCGGACAGCCCCGGUUCAGCUCGGGCCCAGAGCGCCGGCUGUUGAACCGAUCCUGGUCGUCCAAUGCUCGAGGGCGUAGCCCUAGGGCUUCUUUCACCCGUCAAUCUAUGUCUGAUUCUCCGACAGAAGAGCCCUCGGUGACACCCAGGGAAUCCAAUCCUGUAGGUUACCCACCAGCUUCGUCUCCAGUUGUAACACCAGCUGGUGAAAAUACCACUCCUACUUCUAUUUCAAUUUCCCAUCCAUACAGCGUUUCUGGUCGCUCUCAGCUGCUUGUAGGGUUGAAUGACCCUCCAUCGGCAACUCUUCCACUGAGAUAUGGCGAACAAGCCCCUCCAGUAUUUGUGGGCUCCCCUAGACUUCCACCCGCAGCACCCCAAUAUCCACUUCCUGCAUUAGACCCAUCUUUACCGAGCCCAGUGAGCCGAUCUUUAACUCAGAAAUCGACACGGCGCACCAAGGCUCAUGUGGCUUCUGCCUGCGUUAACUGCAAAAAGAAGCACUUGGGAUGUGAUCCAGCACGUCCAUGUCGACGAUGUGUGCUCUCUGGCAAGGCCUCCUCCUGCGUGGAUGUCACGCACAAGAAGAGAGGCCGACCACCUUUGAAAGCGGAGGAUUCCUCUCUGCGCUCUUACACAACGCACGUAGACAAUCCAGCUGUGCCCGCUGAAUCCCACUCAUCUACCGCAGCACAGAGGACUUCUUUACAUCGAACGACAUCUUCCCGGGAACUUCGGCCCAUGACCGAUCUCCACGCAGCAGGGGACCCUGGUGGCGCAUCAGGUAUGCGAGUUCCCCAAGGACAACUACGGCACCGAUGGUCUGCAUCUGUCUUUCCUCUCACUCGUCCCAUGGAAUAUUCUCAGCAUAUUCAGGCGCCAGCAGGCCGCCGACCAUACACUUCAUCCGGACCUCCUUCUUAUCCACCUCUAGCACCCCCACCUCAUGCAUUUGUUACAAUUACAAAUGGGUAUAAUCCACCACUUCCGACAACAGCUGUGCCUCCUGGAAUGGAAAGACGAUAUGCACCAUAUGCUACCUCUGCCUUACCCCUACCAACCUCGCCACCACACGUGCCUACGGGCGUGCCCUAUCUACCAUACGAGACUCCUUCCAAUCCUAUUCAUCACCCUAUGCACGACCCUCGAAUUUCUGGACCCCGUGAUCCGUAUGUAGAAUCACCAGUGAGACUUCCACCGAUACACCAGGCAACUGCCAGUCCCGGACCUCCAGGACCCCCACUACCUGGACAAGUUCCAUCUUCACACCAACCUCCAUCUCAUCACCAUGCUCACAGGCUGAGCGACCCAUACCCUGCCAAUUGGACAUCUUUUGGGCGAGAACAGGGUCCUCGGCACCAUCGGUCAGAAAGCAUCCUGCAGCGGCCAUCCACCUCGAUUUUCUCCCAUUCUACCGGGCACCAACGCUCAGUAUCAACAACGGAUCCAUCACUAUUAGAUCCGGUCCCACGACAUCUUGGCCCAGUUGAUCUGUCCCCUUCUAUUACUCAGGGCCACUCACCCACAGUGACAACCCGUCCCGCUCCACCAAACGAUCCUGAAAGGGAUGAAUCAAGACCUGUCAAGAGGCGAAAAAUGGCCUUGGAUGACAUGGUCAAUGGAUGA